AAAAGUGAACACAGCUCAAGCCAGAACAACAACAAGCCACAGCCAGACUGCUGUCGCCAUACACCGGAUCACUGACAUGCAACUGUCAUUCGCUCUUCUCGUUUGCACCCUCUGGGUGCAUAUGGACGUUUCUUUAUCACAGGAUGCAUGUGACACUCUUCCAGACGUCCCACAUGCCUUCGUUAGUGACCAGUCCGGAAAAGCUCAUUACUCUGAGGGACAGCUGAUAUAUUUCGAGUGUGAAACUGGCUACGUCUCAAGUCUGGCCAUCUCGUAUUUGUGUUCGAGCCAGCGCUGGGUGAACGUCCGUAGUGGGAAAUGCACAUUAAAGCCAUGUGAACUUCCCGAUGACAUCCGCGAUGGCAGUUACCGAAUAGUCGAGGGUGAAGACUUUGUUUUUGGAGCAACGAUCGAAUACAUGUGUGACGAAGGGUAUCAGAUGACUACCAAAACUAAUACCAGAAAAUGCAUGCUGAAUGGCUGGAGCAAUCACGUACCCAUUUGUGAGCCUGUGAGCUGCAAAAGGCCGACAGAGGAUGGCCUUCUGAAAAUAGGAAAUCUGCCAGAAAAUGAUGGGCCGAUACAUUCCCAGCGUUUUAUAACAGUCAGCUGUGCUGAUCCAAGGAAGCGUCUAAACGGCAGUUCAACGCUGAUAUGUGGGAACGACGGGACGUGGAGUGACCCACUGCCUUCCUGUGAAGAACCCAAAUAUUGUGGACAGCCACCAAGAAUUGCUAAUGGACACAGUGAAGGCUUUUUCAGACAUCAGUAUGACGAUGGCAUGAGGGUGGAGUACGUUUGUUCGAGGGGCUACGCCCUUGAUGGUGAGGCUUACAAAUCCUGCAACGCUGGCCAAUGGACCGGAGAAGUCAUUUGCCGCAAACCCAGAGGUUGUGGACAACCACCACUCCUUGACGGUGGAGACAUUGUUGGCACUCUGGAAUACCAAUAUGAUAAUGGUGUAAAGGUCUAUUACGAUUGCAAGAGAUACUAUACAAGGAGUGGUGCGACAUUCAAAUCCUGUGAAAACAGCCAAUGGGUUGGAGAAAUUAGAUGCCUCAAACCCUGCACGGUGGGAAACGAAAGAAUGGCAGAAAACAAUAUUGCAUUCAGAUAUGUGGGGGACAAGAAGCUGUAUUCAAGGCACGAUCAGCAAAUUGAAUUUGCCUGCACUAGAGGAGUUCCAGAUGGCUUGCGGAGUAUGCGUCAAACCUGUCGUGAUGGAGAGAUGUUGUUACCCCGCUGCGUGUAAAAGCUUUGGCUCCCCAGAGGAGCUGCCGGCGAGCUGGGUGGACAAACCUGUAAAUGGAAAACCAGAGUGAAGAUGUAGGCGGAUUAUCAAAUACCGUUGUGCCCUGAUCCCGCCUUCAACUUGGGUGCUUUCGUCGGUUUCAGUCUGAAUAAAACAUCGGAGUUACUGUUUUC